AUUUUCGGCAAUGCAGCAAACGCUAAAACUUGUUUGCGUUUUUUGGUUGAUGUAACUUCUGGAAAAAGGCGAGUAAGGUAACCGUGCCCUAUAAAUUGCACCGAAAAUGGACCGACAAGCAUUGGAAUUACCAGUUUAAGCAUUACAAAAUGAGGCUUAGCAUACUCUUCUGGGUGAUUGUGUUAUUUGUGGCAACAACUUCAGCUUGGAGAAGACGCCGCAGGAGAAACCCGCCACCAGCUCCAGUGCAUUGCGCGGUAUCCGGGUGGACAGGCUGGAGUGCUUGCAGUGUAAGUUGUGGCGGUGGAAGUCAAUCUCGUACUCGAGGAAUCACCCGCAACCCAGCCCACGGUGGUAGCGGUUGUGGUGCAUUAAGUCAAUCAAGGUCGUGUAAUCGACAUAAAUGUCCAAUACAUUGUCAGUGGGGUAAUUGGGGACCGUGGUCGGAUUGCACGUCGUGUUCUUAUGGAGGAAGGAGUCGAAUGCGUAAUGUCACAGUCGCAGCAAUGUUCGGUGGAAAUAGAUGCGCUGGCUUGUCCAAAACUACUGAUUACGCGUGUGUCAGUAGUGAUACAUGUCCAUACGAAGUCGAAUGCUCAAGUGACACAUUCGCAUGUGGUGACGGUCUGACUUGCAUUCGUACAAAUCUCCAAUGCAAUGGUGAUGAUGACUGCACUGACUACUCCGAUGAGCUUGAGUGUAGCGAGAGACAUAGACGGCCAUGCGGAAGUACAACUAUGAGCGAAAUACCAUACGUUGAUAUUGCCGGGUUAGGAUAUGACAUUACACUAGGAGAGGAGAUCGGAACGAUUCUAGAUAAUCGUCAAUACGCGGGAAGAUGCGACAGAGUUAGAAGCGGUGAACACGAAGAAACAUUCCGUAAACCGGCAAACAUGCAGUCGUUCAGAUUUCAGUCUCAAGCGACCUCCUCCUUUACUGCCAUUUCUUACCAAAGCUCAAAAGGUUUUUACGAAUCUGAAAGAAGCAACAUGGAGAGAAAACUGCAAGCGUCUGCGUCGUUUUCAUUUAGCGACAUGUUCGGCUUGAGCGGCAGUGCAACCAAAACAAGAAAUUCAAAAACUUUGCGAAUUAUUGACCGAGGAACAUCAAGUGAUGUUAAAUACUUCAGAGUUUUUGGUGAAAUCACUUUAUCCAGAUUCAGGACCAUUCGAAGAUCGUUCAAAUUGUCCCACUCAUUCCGACAACGGUUACUAGAACUUCCUCAACAUUACGAUUAUGCCAAAUAUUCGGAGCUCAUAGCAGAUUACGGAACGCAUUUCUACUCUUCUGGUGUGCUGGGCGGACGGUAUGAAUACAUCUACAGGUUUUCUAAAUCGGACCUUGCUCUAUCAGGUUUAACCGAUGAAGAACAGAAGAACUGCUUGACCACUGAAACGUCAAUGAAAUUUUUGAAAGGUUUCUUUGGUGGAAGCGGGGGGACAAACAAGUGUUCAACUAAUGUAUUGUCUCGUCGGUAUAACGGAAGUUUCGCCUUGGCUGCAAAGGAGGCAAUAUCAAAUGUGAUUGGCGGACAGUCUCAUACAACUAGUGCUCUUACUUUCUACUCCAGCAACGGACCGAAUACGGCUGCUUACGAAAGGUGGUCGAGAUCCGUCAGAGUUAGCCCUGCAAUCAUCGAUUUUAUGUUAACUCCGAUGUCAUCGGUGAUACCCGAUAGAAACAAGCAAGCUAACAUGGAAAGAGCGUUGUACGAUUACUAUGCCAAAUACAAUGCAAAUAAAUGCACUGGCCGAUGUGAAAACGGUGGGAGAGCCGUAGUCGUAAAGGAUGGUAGUGAAUGCAAAUGUUUGUGCACGCCUGGUCAUUCUGGCCCGUCGUGUCAAAGUUGAGAAGAUGUUUAAUCCAGACUGCUCUAAGUUCAAUCAGUUUCAACACGGUUUAUAUACUGGACUUCAUUUUUAUUGUCGUAUUAAUGUCUGCUAUGUGUAAUUCAACUUGUAUGUUGUGCUGUGCGUGUUUACAUCUGUAUAAAAUAAAAAAAAAUUUUCUCAAAA